AUGCCUCCGCGCCGCCGCUCCGCCUCCGGCUGCCGCGGCGUUUGGGCGCGGUCGAGCGGCCGCUUCGACGCGGAGAUCCGCUCCGGCGCGCACGAGGCGGCACGGGCGUACGACGCCGUCGCCUGGCGCCUCGGCUGCUCCCGCCGGACAAUGAAUUUUCACGCCGUCUGGACGCGGGAGCAGGCGGAGCAGCUGGCGCCCCCGUCUCCGGUCAUCACGCGCGAGCAACAUCGCCGCCAACGGGAGCUGGAUCAGCGCCUCCUCAUCGCCGAGCACGACGAGGCCCUCCGCCUCGAGUGGGUGCGUCAAUUCCCCGAAGACGUCGCCGCCAUGGAAGCCUUCUACGCGGAGAAGGAGGCGGCGAAGGCGACGACGAAGGCGAAGAAGAAGGCGAGCCGCGACAAGCGCCGGACAGAGUCCACGGCGAGGGCCGAGAAGGCGGGGAGGAAGGAGGAGGAGAAGAAAAAUGACGCAGGGCCGUCCACCAUCGUCCUCUCCUCCUCCUUCGAGUGGACUUCAACGCCGCCACUCCUCCAACUACGACUGGGAUUCAGAGUAGGAUAG